GCCAGUAGAGAUGGCUUCCUCUAUACAGCUGCAGCUUUGCAAGCUUGCAGACAUUUCUAUACGGCUUUGGUGAUGAGGGGGCUGUGCUGCAAGUGUUGUCACUGGUGCCAGUAAGACUAAAUACAGGAAGUAUAGGACAGGCAGAAAUCAGGAAGUGCAGCAUAUACAGUGUUACUGUAACUGUUUGCUUUAGCUGAGACUACAGGUGCCUGCACUUGUUCAUUGCAACACGGCAUUCCACGUGCACACUGGGGUCGCUGACUGCAUAUCGUAUCAUUAUACCUACAGCAAGAUGAAGAAUAUUAUCUGGUGGUGUAAUAGGAAAGACACAUUUGGAAAAUGAAGAUACUUGCCCACAUGACAAGGAUACUCUUUUCAUUUUAACUGAAGAGGAAAACAGUUGGCGGUUUCGAAAUGGCAUCCAGAGGUGUCUAUGACCUACUGAUACUUCAUGGACCUGAUGCACAGGAAUGGUGCCAAUAUCUUUUCAGUCUCUUUCAAACACAUCCUGAAGGCCGGGACUUUGCUAUACACUCAUAUGAACUCAGUGAAGAUGAGCCUAUUCCACGUAAAUACCUUAAAACAUUCCAGAAUAGUAAAUGUAUUCUUAUCCUUCUCUCUGGGGAUUUGGAAGUCAACCUUGACAACCCGAAUAUCUUGCAAAGCUUGAGGACUGUUCUGAGGCCGCCACACAAAGUGAUUGUGUUAUUUUGUGGAGUAAUGGACAAAGAGGACUUCACAAAUUUAUUCCAAGACUGGCCGUACUGGAAACAACUAUCCUCUGAAGAUGACCCAGAACUCUAUGUUAUAAGUAUUAAGGAUACUAUAUUAUAUGAUUCUGGUUGUGAUUCUGGUACAGAACCUGAACGUGAACAGGAUCAGCAUCAUCCAGAAGCCAUUCAGGGAAACCUAUUGUCCAUACAGCCAGAAAGGAUCCGUUGUGGGGUGAAGACAGAACUAUAUUUAAUAUUUAAGUGCAAACUUGACAGUGAGAUUAAAAAUGAGGUUCACUUUACUCCACUGAAUGGCCCGUCUGUAAAGUCAUCCACCACAUUACAAAAUGAAUACAUCUUAUCAGUGGAUGCUCCAGACCUGCCUUCUGGGCCGGUAUUCCUAAAGGUUUUUGCUGGAGACCUACUAUUAUGUGAUGCUAAAGUCACUUAUUUCACAGAUAUGGAAGAAAUCUCCCAGCUGCUUGAUAGUGCAACUAAUCCUGUAGAAUUUAUGUGUCAGGCAUUUAAAAUAAUACCCUACAACAGGGAGGUACUUGAUAAAUUGCUGACGGAAUCAUUGAAAAACAACAUUCCAGCAUCUGGACUGCACCUCUUUGGUAUUAAUCAGAUUGAAGAAGAAAAUACAAUUGCAAAUCAGCGAGAAGAAGAAUUGCCCACUCUUCUUCACUUUUCUGCAAAAUAUGGGCUUAAAAACCUGACAGCCCUCCUGCUCACCUGUCCCGGAGCUUUACAAGCUUAUAGUGUGUCAAAUAAGCAUGGAGACUUUCCAAACAACAUUGCAGAAAAACACGGUUUUAAGGAUCUGCGGCAGUUUAUCGAUGAAUAUGUGGAAACUGCUGAUAUGUUAAAGACACACAUUAAGGAAGAACUAAUGCAAGGAGAUGAUGAUGACCCCCUAUAUGAGCCCAUGGUAAACCUGUCCACCAAUAUACUGAUGAAAUGUUCGCUUCACCCAGGCUCUGAUGAAGACCUGUAUGAAACUAUGGUGGGAAUGGCAUUACAGAAGCAAAUAUUAUGGUCAUUCAUCACUAUGCAAACAAAAGGGACUAUUCCAUCACCUGAAACUCAUGCCCUGAAUGCUCAAGACUCAAUGAUACGUAAAAUUUUGGAAGGUAAAGUUAUGAAUGUUGAUGAUAAUAACAAGGACGCUACUUACCAGAUUUGUAGUAAUGAAGAGUAUGAAACAGUGUGUGGUGCCACUUCACUCUCAAGUGUAGCCAAUAUUCGGCCGCCUGUACCCUUCCCAAGACCAGAGGACCUUCCAAAAACAGAACUUUUCAUUUCACAGGUGUUUGAACCGAAAAUGCCAGUGCCAAGAAAUGAGAAUGUUUAUGUGGACUCUUUUAUUUCGAGAACAUCAAGUAUUUCGAUGAGGAGAGACCGCCACCAGUCAAGUGUCUACGACCCCUUUGCUGGCAUGAAGACCCCAGGUCAACGGGAAUUAAUUACUUUACAAGAACGUGUCAAACUAGGUAUUGUUUCCGUUGACGAAGCAGUACUCGAAUUUAAAGAAUGGCAAUUAAAUCAAAAGAAAAGAUCUGACUCCUUCAGGUACCAGCAGGAAAAUCUUCGAAGAUUAAGAGACAGUAUUAACAGGAGGCGGGAUGAAAAUAAAAAGCUUAAGAAAUCAGAAUUAGAAAUCACAACGCCCAUUCCCCGUGGGCAGAAUCCAGAGGUAAAGCAUGAGUAUGGGUUAUAUGAUACAAGCUUGGUUCCUCCAAAAGUAGGACUUAGACGAGGAGACUGGAAGACAGAAAGUACAUCUAGCACUGCAAGUAGCAGCAGUAACCGAUCCAGCACUCGAAGUACGCUAAGCCUGAGUAGUGGAAGGGAAGGAGAUAAUGAGGAAGACAACCCAGAGCCGCCUCCAAGAUACAGCCCUCGGCACUCCUCCCUUCCAGAAGAUAGACCUCCUCCAAGGCCACCACGGCCACCAAGGAUACAAAACCGGAGCACAAGGAGAUCCCAGCAGGCUUCAUCUAGUCACAACUGGAAUGCACCUCCAGUGCCACCUAGAGGUCGGCAAUAAAUACUGCGGUCACUGGAAUAGGGAACAGU